AUGGUCCCCUACGAGGUCGCUCUUACUGCCGUAUUCGUCGAGGGUUUUGUCUUUGUUGGUCUUACUAUGCUGGGUAUCCGACAAUGGCUUGCACGAGCUAUUCCUGCUAGUAUCAAGCUCGCCACCGGUGUCGGUAUCGGACUAUACCUGACUAUUAUUGGUCUCGCCUACUCCGCUGGUAUCGGUCUCAUCACCGGUGCUCAAUCGACCCCUCUCGAACUCGCCGGUUGCGUUGCCGCAGACCAGGUUGAUGGCGUCUGCCCAGGAAGUGUCAAGAUGAGGAGCCCAACCAUGUGGAUCGGUAUCUUCUGUGGCGGUGUCUUGACCGUCAUGCUUAUGCUGUACCGCGUCAAGGGUGCCAUCAUCAUCGGCAUUCUCCUCGUUUCCAUCAUCUCGUGGCCUCGCCCAACAAGCGUCACCUACUUCCCGUACACCGAGACUGGCAACUCCGCUUUCGAUUUCUUCAAGCAGGUCGUUACUUUCCACCCGAUUGGCAAGAUUCUUGCUGUUCAGCAGUGGAACAUCUCGGAGCACGCUGGUCAAUGGGGUCUAGCUUUCAUUACCUUCCUCUACGUCGAUAUUCUGGACUGCACUGGUACCCUCUACUCCAUGGCUCGUUUCUGCGGUGUUAUCGACGAGCGCACCCAGGACUUCGAAAACUCCUCCAUCGCCUACUCCGUCGACGCUCUCGGUAUCAGUAUCGGAUCGCUUAUGGGAUGUCCUCCAGUCACUGCCUACAUCGAAUCCGGUGCCGGUAUCUCUGAAGGAGGCAAGACCGGUCUUACCGCCAUGUUCUCUGGUAUCUGCUUCUUCAUCGCCAUCUUCUUCGCUCCGAUCUUCGCAUCCAUCCCUCCCUGGGCUACCGGCUGUACCCUGGUAAUCGUCGGUUCACUCAUGGCAACCUCGGCCAAGGACAUCAACUGGCGCUACCUCGGCGAUUCCAUCCCCGCUUUCCUCACCAUCGCAGUGAUGCCCUUCACAUACUCCAUCGCCUACGGUCUGAUCGCCGGUAUCUGCUCGUACAUUCUCAUCAACGGUACCGUCUGGCUCGUCGAGCUGGCUUCUGGUGGUCGCAUUGUACCCCCCAACAAGGACGAGAAAGAGCACUGGACCUGGCGUCUCGAGGGCGGCCUCCUCCCCCCGUGGGUUAAGAGGCUCGCCAGCGGAAAGAAGGACUUCUGGAGAUCUGACCCGGAGACUAUGGGUGUCUCAGAGCCGCAUAGCGGAGGCAGCUCGGCUCACGAUGACAAGGAGUUCGUCACCGAUAAGCGGGCUUCGUAG